GAUUCAAUCAGUCGCUACAUAAGAGAUUAGGGAGGCAUAAUAGACUUAAUCCUUCAGAUCGUAUCUCCUGCACCGCCAACCACCGCCUCCGACGAUGUCGUCAUCCUCCUCCGCCGCCGCAGGUGCUGGCUCCGGCGAGCCCUCGUCGACGUCCCGGCCGGGGAAGGAGAGGGAGGACGGCGGCGAUGGCGGCGGCCGUAAGGAGGGGGAGGGAGGCGCGGAUUUUGAUCUGGCCGGAGCCGCGGCUGGGUGGGUGGAGGCGCGGACCAGCUGCCCUCACCUCCCCGCCAUGCCCGCGGCCAGCGCCGACGACCUCGCGCGCGUGCCGCCGCCCGACUCGCCGUGCUCUAGAUGUCAUCACCCUGCUGAAAACUGGUUGUGCUUGAUCUGUAAAGAUGUCCUGUGCAGCCGUUUUAUCAACAAACAUAUGUUGUACCAUUAUCAAGAUACAGGACAUUGUCUUGCCCUGAGCUUCAGUGAUCUGUCAAUCUGGUGUUUUGCCUGCGACUCCUACCUAGACGUUCAAUCCAUCUUAGAACUGCGUCCAGUUUAUGAAGUUGCACAUCUGAUGAAAUUUGGACAGCGGCCUCCAUUUCGAUCACUUGAUGUACUGGAUUUGAGCAGUGGACAGAACGGAGGUUCACCAUCACAGUCCUAAUGCUCCAUAUUCUGUUAGAUUUCUUUUCAUUAUGGAAGACUAGUUAAACAAUAUGAACAAACAGUAGUCUACUAUGUAAGGUGUCACUUGUUAAACUUCAGUACGAUAUGCCAGAUGAAUGAUCCUGCUUCUCCUUUAAUUACUAUAUUUUCACAUUCAAAGCUUUCACAGAUAACCCUGGUGAUGUAGUUUGUUAUAUUGGGUGCGAAGCAAAAUGACAAGUAAGUGUGUUCA